AUGUCCAUUUGGGAUGCGCUCACCGGACGAAAGUCCUCAUCCUCACAAUCGUCAUCUCCCACCUCCGCUUCUGCGCCCGCACCGACCGAAAACCUCACCCCAGCUCCCUUCAACCCAGAAGAUGCGCAAGGAGUAGACUCCUUCUUAAAGAGCUCCGCGUUUGCCGACCCCUCCUUAUUACACCCCUUAGCAGGCUUAGACAAGGACAGUUUAGAAUAUUUAAGCUUAGAGGACUCCGCUCUGUCAGAUCUUCCCGGCGCACACUCUGCGAUCCCUUCCCGAGGUUUUAGUGACGAUUUGUGUUAUGGAACCGGUAUCACAUACCUCACAGCACUGUCAAUAGGGGGCGUGUGGGGACUCCAAGAGGGAUUGAGAAGAUCUUCGGGUCAACCGCCGAAGCUACGUCUAAACUCGGUCCUGAAUGCCGUUACGCGGAGAGGACCAUUCCUUGGUAAUUCUGCGGGUGUUGUCGCCAUCACAUAUAAUUGUUUCAACUCGGGCAUCGGCUAUCUCAGAGGGAAGCACGACUCCGCAAACACCAUAGCAGCAGGUACUUUAAGCGGCAUGUUAUUCAAGAGUACGAGGGGGCUCCGGCCAAUGUUGAUCUCUGGUGGUAUUGUGGGCUCGAUAGCAGGAGCAUGGGCGAUCACGAAGAAAGUUGUGCUAUCUCAGGGGACUCAAGGGCACGAACAGCACCUCUAG